UGUGAUUAAUUCGCACAAUUACUAGAAUUGGCUUGGAAGAUAGACGUAAUAGUUUCGUGGUCUAGUGUUUCGUCCUAAAUAUUAUUUUCAGUUUUUCCUUGAAAGAAAGACAAUAGAAAUUAUUUUAUUUAGUGGAAGAAUUUAAGUGAAGUGAGGUGAAAACAAUCUAAAAAUCUCAACAUCAUUGAAAACAACCCAAUCGAAAAAAGAGACAGUGGUCAGUUCUCAUAUCACCACGAUAACACUAUGGCGCUUGGGGCGGAAUUUAUGAUACUUGUUCUAUCUAUCAUUUUACUGGUGUACUACAUCUCCAAAUAUGCUUUCAAAUAUUGGCAACGAUGCGGUAUACCAUUCAUACCGCCCACAUUUUUGAUUGGAAAUAUGAAAGAAAUUUUGUUGCUGGAGGAAAGCCCGGCUGACAUCAUGCGUAAUUUUUACAACCACGUCGUUGCAAGAGCCCAGCCAGUCUUUGGUAUAUUCCUCUUCUACACUCCAGCAUUAAUUAUCAGGGAUUUGAACCUGAUAAAGCGGAUCUUAAUAAAAGAUUUCAACCAUUUUGCCAACAGAUUCUCAACAGUCGACCCUCAUGCUGACAUAUUGGGUUACUAUAACAUGUUCUUUGUGAAAAAUCCGGAGUGGAAGGAAGUAAGAACCAGUAUCACCCCGGUCUUCACCAGCGGCAAACUGAAGCAAAUGUUUGGACUAGUUAGUGAGAUCGGAAAUCAGUUAGAUGCUCAUCUGUGUAGCCUAAAACCAGACCCAAAAACAAACCAGCUUUCCUUGGAGAUGAAGGAAAUGUGUGCUUUAUACACCACGGACGUGAUAGCGAGUGUGGCCUAUGGAAUACAAGCGAACAGCCUUAAAAAUCCAAAUGGAGAAUUCCGCUCUAAUGGACGAAAAAUCUUCGGUUUUACAAGAUGGAAAUCUUUUAAUGUGAACCUCAUAUUUUUCAACCCUGUGGUGGCGAAAAUGAUCAGAAGUAGGUUUUUCUCCGACGAAAAUGAAAAGUUCCUCAAAUCAGCGAUAUAUUCAGCUUUAGAUAUUCGUGAAAAAACUGGCAUCACCCGAAACGACCUCAUCGACAUUCUUCUUAGUUUGAAGAAAUCUCCAAUAAAAGAUGAUCCAAAACUUAUGGGUGAUAUCCUCGUAGCACAAGCGGCUGUUUUCUUUACAGCAGGGUAUGAAACAGCUUCAUCGACAAUGUCCUUCAGUCUCUAUGAACUCUGCAAAGAUAUGGAAUGUCAGAAUCGUUUAAGGGAAGAAAUAAGGAAAGUUCUGAAGGAAAACAAUGGACAAUUGACAUACGAUGCUGUAUUAAAUAUGGAAUACUUGAAUAUGGUCAUAAUGGAAGUUCUGAGAUUAUAUCCCCCACUACCGUUUUUGGAUAGAGAAUGUACAUCACGAAAUGGCUAUUCUUUGGAACCUGAAGUCAAUUUUACCGUGCCGAAUGGAAUGCCUGUUUAUAUUCCAGUUUAUGGAAUUCAUCGUGAUCCUGAGUACUUCCCCGACCCGGAUAAAUUCGACCCGGAAAGAUUUUCAGCCGCCAAUAAGGACAAGAUUGUUCCAUAUUCCUAUAUGCCCUUUGGAGCUGGACCCCAUAACUGCAUUGGUGAACGUUUCGGAUUGAUACAAGCUAAAGUUGGAUUGAUAAAUGUAUUACGAAAUCACUUCGUGAAACCAACAAGUAAAACCUCCUUGAAAUUAAAACUUGGCCGAGCUUUAAUAAUACAAGCUGAAGGCGGAAUUCCAUGUGAACUAGUGAAAGAUCCUCUAGAAUAAAAAUAGAGUACUUCAGGAAUGCAUGCGAGGGAAGACCAAAAAUAAACCAAAAUUUCCGUAUUAUCUCCAUAUUUCAAAAUGUAUUUUCCCAAGGCUUGCGUAUUUUUUUGAUUCCAUCAUAAUAAACUAAAGGGACGAGAAAGAGGCCAAGGGAGUGUGAAGUCUUCUACACCUGGAUCUGUACUGAAACUGUGUUCCCCAGAGCAUUAAGGACCUAUUCUGCUGAAAAACAAAAUUUCGCUUUGAUAACGCACUAACUCCUCUUUGGUCCUCCUUUUAGCCUACUUAGUCUGGGGUGUACAUACGAAAAACUAUUUCCUUCAGUUUAGUAUACAGAAAACGAACUUUGGCAAACCUGCAGAUGCUGAUUGGAAUUGACAGAAACCCCUACUCCUUGACAGGUGUUUACCCUACUUCCCACUUCCUCUCCUCCUUUACUCACCUUUCUGAUAAGUUCUUUAUCCCAAACCCCUUUGAAACCCAGUCAAAUUCGAUUUUAUAUUUGGUCUACCCUCGUAUUUUUAUAAAAUUAAUAUGAUGUUUAAUACCUAAGAAUUUAUUGAUAAUAGAUAAUAAUAUUUUAGGGUUGUUUUAUGUAUUAAGAAAUUAAUUCAUAAAUAAGAGGAGAAAUACCUCCAAAUUUUGGCAUUUCCUCUGUCGUUUGCAGCAGAAUUGGAACUUUAUUAUAUUAAAUAUUUGCUACUAAUUCUGGGUGAAAAGGGCUAUAAAUAAUAAAUAAUAACAACCGCUUUAUUAUCUUAAUUUAAUUCACGUUGCUACCAUUUGUUACAAAUAAUGUCAGAAAAAAAUAUAAAAAAAAUCAAAAGUA